AUGUCUCGGGCUGUUCAUCUUCCAGUCCCCUGUCCUGUUCAGCUUGGUACCAUAAGAAAUGACUCCUUGGAAGCUCAGCUUCAUGAGUAUGUCAAACAAGGGAACUAUGUGAAAGUGAAGAAAAUUCUUAAGAAAGGAAUUUAUGUGGAUGCAGUUAACUCCCUGGGCCAGACAGCACUUUUUGUUGCAGCAUUAUUAGGCCUUGCAAAAUUAGUUGAUGUUCUGGUGGAUUAUGGAUCAGACCCAAAUCACCGCUGCUUUGAUGGGAGCACCCCUGUCCAUGCAGCAGCAUUUUCAGGCAAUCAGUGGAUUCUCAGCAAACUCCUGGAUGCCGGAGGUGACCUGCGACUCCAUGAUCAGAAGGGUCGAAACCCGCAGACCUGGGCCUUGACAGCAGGAAAGGAGCGUAGCACCCCGAUGGUCGAGUUCAUGCAGCGCUGCGCCUCACACAUGCAGGCCAUCAUCCAGGGCUUCUCUUAUGACCUGCUGAAGAAGAUAGACUCCCCACAGCGGCUCAUCUGCAGCCCGCCCUGGUUUGGGGGCCUCAUGCAGGGAAACCCUAAUGGCUCUCCUAACCGACUUCUUAAAGCUGGAGUCAUUUCUGCCCAAAAUAUCUACAGCUUUGGCUUUGGAAAGUUUUACCUCACAGGGGGGACGCAGCUUGCCUAUCUAGGAUCUCUUCCAGUCAUUGGAGAAAAAGAAGUGAUUCAAGCUGAUGAUGAGCCCACCUUCUCUUUCUUCAGUGGCCCCCACAUGGUCAUGACCAACCUGGUGUGGAACGGGAGUAGGGUCACAGUAAAAGAGCUGAAUCUCCCCACCCACCCACACUGCAGCAGGCUGCGGCUGGCCGACCUGUUAAUUGCUGAGCAGGAACACAGCAGCAAGCUGCGGCACCCACACCUGCUGCAGCUGAUGGCUGUGUGCCUGUCUCAGGACCUGGAGCAAACCCGCCUCGUGUAUGAGCGCAUCACCGUGGGCACAUUGUUCAGCAUCCUCCAUGAACGACGGUCGCAGUUCCCGAUGCUACACAUGGAGGUGAUUGUGCACCUGCUGCUCCAGAUCUCUGAUGCCCUGAGAUACCUGCAUUCUCGGGGGUUCAUCCAUCGCUCCCUCAGCUCUUACGCUGUCCACAUCGUCUCCCCUGGGGAAGCAAGGCUGACCAACCUGGAGUACAUGAUGGAAAGCCGGGACGGAGGUAUACAUAGGGACCUGACUCGAGUACCCCUCCCUGCCCAGCUGUACAACUGGGCUGCACCAGAAGUGAUCUUACAGAAGGCAGCCACGGUGACGUCAGACAUCUACAGCUUUUCUGUGAUGAUACAAGAGAUUUUAACAGAUAACAUACCCUGGAAUGGCUUAGAUGGCUCAGUUAUUAAAGAAGCUAUAGUCUUGGGAAAUUAUUUAGAAGCUGAUGUGAGGCUUCCAAAACCUUACUAUGAUAUUGUUAAGUCAGGCCUCCAGGUCAAGCAGAGAGACCGAACUAUGAACCUUCAAGAUAUCCGGUAUAUUCUGAAGAAUGACUUAAAGGAUUUUAUUGGAGCCCAGAGGACUCAGCCAACUGAGAGCUCCAGGGUGCAGAGAUAUGAACUCCAUCCUGAUGUCAAUGUUCAUCUAGGACUGACUUCAGAACAUCCAAAAGAGACCCCUGACUUGGAAAUCAAAGAGCUAAAGGAAACAGGCAGUCAGCCUCAUUCACCAAGGAGUCACUUUUCUCCCACUGAGAAAAGAGCACCAGAUCCUCAGGCCCCAGGGCCCAGUCUGACUGCCAAGGAGACUCAGAAUCAAGACACUCUUUCUGAUCCAUUUGUGGCAGAAGAGGCCAGCAGCCCCAGCCUAGGUCAGGCAAGUCUCUGCAGCUUCGAAAUCAAUGAAAUCUACUUAGGCUGUCUGAACUGGAAAGAUGACAAAGAGGAAGAGCCUCCAGGAGCUGCUUCAUCUCUUGAGGGGAAUAGACCAAACCAGGUAGAUGAACUGAAAUCCAUGGAAGAAGAGUUGGAUAAGAUGGAGAGAGAGGCCUGCUGUUUUUGUGAUGAGGGUGAGAGCUCUUCAGAAGCUGACACAGUGCUCUCCUUCGAGGACUGGGACUGGCAAAAUGCUUCGCUUGGUUCACUUAGCCUGCCUGAACCAACCAGAGGGGCCAAGGGCAAUGUGAGCAACAGGUCCAUGACUGAGGAGUACAUCAGUAAGUGUGUGCUUAAUCUAAAGAUUGCACAGACGUUAAUGCACCAGAAUGCCAAUUUGCUGAGAAAUGCCCAACAGAAGAUGGAUAAGCUUGAGAUGAUACAGAAGGAGCAGGAAGAGUGCAGCUCUUUGUGGGUUACUUCAAGAGAGUUUGCAAACGUCUACAGCUUGCCUUCAGCUGUGGGUCCUCCAGCUUUGAGUUAUAUUCCUCCUGUCAUGCAGCAAUCAGGGGGCCAGCAGCCAGAUAAAAGAGGCAAUUGCCCACCCCUAGAAAGGUUUCCAAGAACACUGCUGACUCUUUGUGGCCCUGGAAAACAGAACACAGGUAAACAAUUUCAGCCUGCUCAAGGAGCCAAGGAUAGUUUGGAAAGAAGCAGGAACCAAAAUACCAGUAGCCAAGGAAGACCUAGAGAGUUCAGCACCCAAGCCAAAGUCACACAGCUAAAUAGUGCUCUCUUCACCGUGUCAAGCCACCAGCAGGGACCGCCUGGGUCAUCCAGCCCUCACUGGGAUGCUACCAGGAUCAGUGUGGAAUCUGUGUCUUCUGAAAUCUAUAAUGCAAAGUCAAGAAAUAAUAAAGAUGAUGGAGAGGUACACUCAAAAUGGAAAAUGGAAGUGAGAGAAAUGGCAGAGAAAGCAGCUACUGGGCAGCUCACAGUUCCUCCUUGGCAUCCUCAGAGUAGUUUGACUUCAGAGAGUGAGGCUGAAAACGAGCCUCAUCCCCUGCUGCCGCCCCCCAUUAGGGGCUCUGAGAACACAGAUUGGCAGCAAGUUGUAGAAUAUCGCAGGGAAGUUGAUGACCCGGGAGGAAAUGGCAAGUUUGACAAAGUGGACAACAGUGACGGUGACAGGGACCAGUGUGGAAGACAGCCUGGGCCUCCAAGCUUCACCAGUAUCAGGCACCUGUCGCCCAGAGAAAAUGAGCAACCAGAGCAUAGUGAAGCCUUUCAAGCAAGUUCUGAUGCAUCUGUGCUCAUUGAGAAAUGUUACAGUACCUCAAGUCCCAUAGAACAGGACUUUGAAGGAAUUCAAGGUGCAUUUGCCCAGCCUCAAGCCUCUGGUGAGGAAAAGUUCCAAGUGACAAAAAUUCUUGGAAAGAAUGCUGAGAUUUUGACCCAGUCUCACUUUCAACCUAUACGAAGUACUGAAGGUGAACAAGAAGAGACAUUAAAGGAGUCCCCAAAGGAACCGAAAGAGAAAGACAUAUCAUUGACAGAUAUUCAAGACCUAUCUAGUAUUUCCUAUGAACAAGACAGCUCUUUUAAGGAAGCCUCAUGCAAAACACCCAAAAUAAACCAUGCACCUACUAGUGUCAGCACUCCCCUCAGCCCAGGGUCAAUUUCUUCAGCUGCCAGUCGCUAUAAAGACUGCCUUGAAAAUAUCACAUUUCAGGUUAAAACAGGAUCUACCUCUUGCAGGGACAGUCAAGAAUCUAUUCAAACUUUGUCUGAUAAAUUUACUACUAUCCAAGAGAAAGCAAAGAGCCUGGAUUCUCUCCUUACUUCCUCUGAAACUCCCGCUUCAAGACUGACUGAUGUCAAAAGAUUGUCUGCAUUUACUGGGGCUGGUUCCUCCAGCAUUGCUAAGGCAUCUGACAUAUCAUCCCAAACCACCCAGAGAAGGAGCCUGCCUAAAGUAGAAGUCAUCUCACAGCAUCGCAUUGAUGAGCUGCCACCACCAUCUCAGGAGCUCCUUGACGAAAUUGAGCAAUUGAAGCAGCAGCAGGCCUCAUCCUCAGUGUUGCAUGAGAACACAGCAGGUGAUCCCGGCAUCACUGCAAACGAUAAAAGUCACUUAGAAGAACAAGAAACUGGUGGUAAUAAAGAAGAUAGUAGCAUACUUUGGACCAAAGAAACUGAGGAUCUAGGAGAGGACACAGAGAGAGCUCACUCUUCGCUGGAUGAGGAUCUGGAAAGAUGGCUACAGCCACCUGAGGAGAGCGUGGAGCUACAGGACCUCCCCAAGGGCUCUGCAAGGGAAACAAAUACCAAGGAUCAAGAAGUUGGUGAAAAGAAGAUAAAAAGGGAAGAAAGCAUCAAGGCAGAGAGAAGGAGAUCAGAGAGCUUUUUAGGGACUUCUGAAGAAGAUGAAGUAAAACCCUGCUUUUGGAAGCGACUGGGUUGGUCUGAACCAUCCAGGAUAAUCGUGCUGGAUCAGAGUGACUUGUCAGACUGACUGAACUGGAUCGUGGAUGGACUCCUGGCCUGGGUUUGAGUGUCCUGGUUCCGAGCUCCUUUCUUUGUCUGCUUCGGUUGCCAUCAGGGCAGCAGCUGCAGGUCUUAACUCUCACCGUUCAACUGCCACAGCAGACAUCAUGGUUUGGCCCGUCUGUUGGCAGCACAUUCAACCAUUUUCAGUCAGGUUUCUGAAAACUGAGAGGUUUGUGAUUGUAAACAUUUUUUGUUGUGCCCAGAAUGGCUUUUGGUUUGUUUUAAGUCCUGUUAUAUAAUAAAAUGUUUACUUUUAAUA